AUGUUCUUCUCCUGCGAGCGCAUCUGCGGCGGCCGCGACCCCGCGACGGACACGGUCCGCAUCGACCUCCCGCUGGGCGCGGCGGGCCCGGCGCCGGCCGGGCCAGAGCCCCCGGGCGCCGAGCGGGCGGCGGCGGAGCAGGAGGAGCAGGAGGCCCAGCGCCGCGCCGAGGAGGACGAGCGCCGCAGGGCGGAGGAGGAGGAAGAGGAGCUGCGCCGCGCAGAACUGCGCCGCGCCGAGGAGGAGGAUGAGCGGCGCCGCGCGGAACUGCGCCGCGCCGAGGAGGAGGAGGAGCGGCGCCGCCUCGCGCGCCUCGAGGAGGAAGAGGCCCGCGCGCGCACGGAGGCGGAACUCGCGGAGCGAGAGCGCCGCGAGCGGGCGGAGGCGUUGGCGGCGCAGGAGCGGCGCGCGCAGGUGGGGGCCUUCCUGAAGGCGGAGGGCUUCGCGGGCGUGAGCGCCCCGAGGCGCAGGCUGCUCCAGAAGAGCUACCCGCUGCACCGCGCCGCCGAGCUGGGGAACGGCCAGAUGGUGGAGUACUUGCUGGCGGAGGGCGCCGACCCGUCCCAGAAGAACUCCUCGGGCCUCACGGCUGCCCAGGUGGCCACGAAGAAGAACAGGGGAGACUCCCACGGCGGCGCGCUGAGGGCCCUCGGCGGCGCGUGA